AUGACUCUUCAUGAAAUAAUCCUGAACAUCCGCCAGGAAUGGCUCCUGGGGCUCUCCAUGUUACGAAUUGCCCGACGCAGCAGCAAGGUCACCAGUAGAGAUGGAGACCCUGAACUCGAGAUUGUUCCAUAUCCCACGGAAUACUCGUUCGAGAAGGCCGCUCUGCGCACACGCGACGAGGAGGACGAGACAGACGAGUACCUCGUAGCUGACCAUGGUCCGCGGGGUGAUCAGAUCGAGAACAGGAGCAACAAUACCUCGCAGGAGAUCAAUACGGCCUGCUGUCUCGCUACAGGCAAAUGCUACCUUUAUCUACCUCUGCAAACCGUCCAGACCACCACCGACGGGGGGUGUGAUGAGAACGAUCGGUUACACGAACCUAACCUCUGCUCCGGGGAUGCGCCAUCUCCUUCCUUUCAGGCAGCCUUCACCGCCGAUCCGGCCGAGCGCGAGCGCCGCUGCAUUAAUUCUGCCUGA